AUGGCUACAAACUCUCAUUCUCAAUUGCCGAUUGUCGAACCACUGCGUUUUCAUCGAGUGCAUGGUGAUCAGAUUCGAUUGAGUGAGAAUAAUACACGUGCAACUCGUGAUCGUUUGAAUAACACAUUAUUAUUUACCAAUCGACCGAUUCUAUCUCAUGAAAUUGUCAAAUUCAACAUCGAAGAAUUAACGAAAGAAUAUCACGGACUUAUUCGAUUUGGUUUGACAACGAAUAAUCCAGAUAAUUUUACAGCUACGACAUUACCACGAUUGAUGCCAGCCAAUGAUUCUCGCGAAUGGCUUGUUCCAACUUUACAUAAACUCCCAAGUAUAGAAAAAAACAAGUAUAUCCGUCUUAAAUAUACAGCGGAAGGUGAUAUUUAUAUUGAUUUCGAUCAGACAGAUUUCGUUAAAUAUCUAACUGUGUCUCCAAUAACCAAAGACGUUUGGUGUGCACUUGAUUUGAACGGAAGUGUUUCUCAAAUUCGUCUCGUUCAAACAGAAGCACGCGUGUUGCCAAAUCCAGUUGAUCGAGCACGUGAACGUUACCUUCAAUACACAAACAAUUGUCAGCAGGAAACCUCUUCCGUAUAUUACAGUGGAGAUUUGUCGUCCGGAUUUUUAAAAAUGACAAACUGUGAUGAAACUUGCGAAUUGGUUCAUAAUAUAGCUGUGAAAAAGUCUUCCACAUCAUCAAUAAUCGUGGAUGAAAAUCUUAAACGGUGUAUGUCUAUUGUUCUGCAAGUUCUCGAUAUGGAUCAUACAUUGUCAUCGUACUUUACCAUUCGUUGUUUAAUCGACGGUAGAGCAUCGAAUGAACAUCGAAAAGAAAUUGAUGCAACGUUCGAUCAUCUUACAUUAGGUGAUGAGAUUGGUCUCCGUGUACAACCAGAAGGAGUGAUCACGUUUUCUUGUGAUAAUCGAAAUGUUAAACCACUAUUCAAUAUAGACUUAACUGUUAAUGACAAUCCUCGAGUGCAACAAACAUCCUAUCAAUUAGAGAUUCUCAUGAAUGGACGUAUCACUGGUCUUCGUCUAGUUGGAGUUUAUCGACCGACUGACAGCGAAGCACGAACAUUACCACCAGCUGUUGGUGGUGGAUGCCUUGCAACUAUAUCGUACAGAGUAUGUCCAAAUGGUUUAUCAGGUUUGCUGUUACCGUGUAGACAUUUAUGCGUUUGUUACGACUGUGGGCAAGCGCUUCUUGAUAGAAACCAGCCAUGUCCGAAUAUCAAAUGUCGUAAACAGGUGACUGGAUGUAUAAAAGUAUACAAAGAUUAA